GAGAAUUUGAAGAGGAGUCGAAGCAACCAGUGCUGUCUGAACAACAGAAACACCAACUCAAGCAUAGAGAGCUCUUCUUGUCUCGACAGUUUGAAUCUCUACCUGCUACCCACAUACGGGGAAAAUGUAAUGUCACCCUCCUCAAUGAAACAGAUGUUUUGGUUGGCUACCUGGAGAAGGAGGAUUGUUUCUUCUACUCGUUGGUGUUCGACCCUGUCCAGAAGACUCUGCUGGCAGAUCAGGGCGAGAUCCGUGUGGGCUCCAAGUACCAGGCAGAGAUCCCUGACAAGCUAGCCGAGGGUGAAUCAGAUAACCGGAUCCAGGAGAAGCUGGAGACCAAGGUGUGGGACCCCAACAACCAGCUCAAAGACCCUCAGAUCGACCAGUUUCUGGUGGUGGCAAGAGCUGUGGGGACGUUUGCUCGGGCCCUGGACUGCAGCAGCUCCAUCCGCCAGCCCAGCCUUCAUAUGAGUGCAGCAGCAGCCUCCAGAGACAUCACACUGUUCCAUGCAAUGGACACACUGCAGAAAAAUGGCUAUGACCUGGCAAAAGCCAUGUCCACCCUCGUCCCUCAGGGAGGUCCAGUGCUCUGCCGAGAUGAGAUGGAGGAAUGGAGUGCCUCAGAGGCCAUGUUGUUUGAGGAGGCUCUGGAGAAAUACGGGAAAGACUUCAACGACAUUCGUCAGGACUUUUUACCUUGGAAGUCACUAGCCAGUGUGGUUCAGUUCUACUACAUGUGGAAGACUACAGACCGCUACAUCCAACAGAAACGAUUAAAGGCAGCAGAGGCAGAUAGCAAGUUGAAGCAGGUGUACAUCCCCACCUACACCAAACCCAACCCCAAUCAGAUCAUGGUUCCUGGAAGCAAGCCUGGUAUGAACGGGGCCACAGGCUUUCAGAAAGGACUCAGCUGUGAGAGCUGCCACA